AAAGAAAAGAAAAGACCGCUGUCCAAAACUACAAAUUUCCCAUUUUCUCAUUCUCAGGGUCAAAAAUCCCCACUUUUUUCUACGUCAAUUUCACCCCGAAAACUACCUCCACCACCCACAACCACCACUACGAGCUUAGAUCAGUCAAUGGAGUUUUCCCCUCAUCUCUUCUCCAUAUAAAACAGGAAGAAUCGAAUUGGAGGGGGAAAUAAUCUUCCGAUUAUAACCAGAAAGCAAUAUGAUGAGUUAUUCUCAAGUUUUUCUGCUGUUUGUAAUCAUCAAAAUUGCCAAUCUUGCUUCGGUGUUGGCCGCUGAUAUUCAACUUGGGGGUACCCUUUCAGCUUCCGAUCCCAACUCCAAAUGGGCUUCUCCGGAUAGCACUUUCUCAUUCACCUUCAUAAAUGAUACUUCAGGAGCUUCUUCAGCUAAAUUCGCAGCCAUAGUUUACGACAACAACCCCGGUGUUGCUAUCUGGGUCGCCGGCGGCGCUUCUCCUAAUGGCGGCGCUGCUGAUUCUACUGCCACCCUCCGGCUUAUGCCGAACGGGAACCUCGAGCUCCGAAAUGGGUCCUCCAAUUCACUUGUCUGGGAGUCAUCCACCUCUGGCCGCGGAGUUACCUCUGCUUCUCUUGAUAAUUCCGGUAAUUUUGUUCUCAAGAAUGCUACUGUUGCUAAUAUUUGGUCUACUUUUAGGAAUCCAACUGAUACCAUUGUGCCCACGCAAAAUUUCACAGUAAAUGAAGCUUUGAUAAAUGGUAUGUACAACUUUAGUUUGCAGCGAAAUGGUAACUUGACACUGUAUUGGAAUAAUACUAUUAUGUAUUAUAAUGCUGGUUUGAAUUCAUCUGCUUCGAGUAAUUUGAGUCUACCAAGUUUGAGUAUAUUGCCUAUUGGGAUAAUUCAACUGUUUGAUCCACAGCUUUCCAGCCCUUUGAAUUUGGCUUAUAGCAGUGAUUAUGCGGAGUCAGGGAAUAGAUUGAGGUUCGUCAAGUUAGAUAAUGAUGGAAAUUUGCGAAUUUAUAGCUCUGAUAGAGGUAGUGGAACAAAAUCGGUAAAAUGGUCUGCUGUUUCUGAUCAAUGUCUAGUAUUUGGAUAUUGUGGGAAUAUGGGAGUCUGUAGCUACAAUGAAACUGGGCCGACAUGCGGAUGUCCGUCCCAGAAUUUUGAGCUGGUUGAUGCCAAGGAUCCUAGGAAAGGGUGUAAGAUAAAGGUGGAUCUUCAGAAUUGUCAAACGAAUGGCACAAUGCUGGAACUUGACCACACUGUGUUGUUGACCUAUCCGCCUGAGUCGAAAGGAGAUAAUACUCAGGUUUUCUCCACUGGGUUCCAAGCUUGUAGGUCGAAUUGUCUUAGUACAGCUCCUUGCCUUGGAUCAACCUCAUUGGCAGAUGGUACUGGGUUUUGUUACCAGAAGACAACCAAUUUCAUCAGUGGCUACCAGUCGCCGGCAAUUCCUAGCACUUCCUUCUUUAAGAUUUGUGGGCAACCUGAGCCUAAUCCUCCUGCUAAUUCAGGUUCAGUUCUGGAAAAGAAUAGCUGGAGGUUGAAACCAUGGAUUGUUGUCGUAGUGGUUUUGGUUACAAUUCUUGGUUUGAUACUUCUCGAAGUGAGUUUGUGGUGGUGGUGUUUCAGGGAUAGUCCAAAAUUUGGGGGAUUAUCUGCUCAAUAUGCACUUCUUGAGUACGCCUCUGGAGCUCCUGUCCAGUUCUCAUAUAAAGAACUGCAACGAGCAACAAAGGGGUUUAAGGAUAAGCUUGGAGAAGGAGGAUUUGGGGCAGUCUAUAAAGGAGUUCUUGCUAACAGAACUGUUGCAGCUGUUAAGCAACUGGAGGGAAUUGAGCAAGGUGAAAAGCAGUUCCGGAUGGAGGUAGCCACAAUAAGCAGCACCCACCAUUUGAAUUUGGUUAGAUUGAUAGGAUUUUGUUCUGAAGGUCGGCAUAGGCUCCUGGUGUACGAGUUCAUGAAGAAUGGUUCGCUCGACAAAUUUCUUUUCAGUUCUGAAGAGCAAUCACAAAAGAUGUUGAAUUGGGAGACUCGCUAUAAUAUUGCCCUAGGAACUGCAAGGGGAAUUACCUAUCUUCACGAGGAGUGCCGAGAUUGCAUUGUGCAUUGUGAUAUAAAGCCAGAGAAUAUUCUCUUAGAUGAAAAUUACAAUGCCAAAGUGUCUGAUUUCGGCCUUGCAAAGCUCAUCAAUCCUAAGGACCACAGGUAUCGAACUUUGACAAGUGUGAGGGGUACCAGAGGGUAUUUAGCUCCCGAAUGGCUUGCUAAUCUUCCUAUAACUUCAAAAUCUGAUAUAUACAGUUAUGGGAUGGUAUUAUUGGAGAUAGUGAGUGGAAGAAGGAACUUUGAUGUCUCUGCGGAGACAAACAAUAAAAAGUUUUCAAUCUGGGCUUACGAGGAGUUUGAUAAAGGUAAUGCUGUGGCAAUUAUUGAUCCGAAACUCUCUCGGAAUGGCAUAGACAUGGAGCAAGUGAUGAGGGCCAUUAAGGUUAGUUUUUGGUGCAUCCAAGAGCAACCAUCUCAGAGACCUGUCAUGGGUAAGGUGGUUCAGAUGUUAGAAGGUAUUACUGAGAUUGGUAAACCACCUGUUCCCAAGAGUGCUCCGGAGGGGUCUAUUUUUGGGAGUAGUAUGACCGGUAGUAAUAUUAGUGCCUUUUCCACCAUGGCAGCAUCAGCUCCAGUUCCCUCCUCAACGUCAUCUGCUCAGACUCCGCCAGUUUCAUCAUUAGUUUCUGGCAAGAAUCCAGAGAAGGCAUCUUCAGCCCUUAUACAGUCGGAAACAGACAAUGCAUUACAAUGACUUGUCUAAUUCAGCUGUCAGAACUGCAAUCAAGAUCCGCAAGAGCCAAUCUGAGGGCAGAAGAAUUGGUAAUUGUUUAAAAUGUAGUAAUACAGGAUUUCUUAUUUAUACCUUACACAAAAGAAUCUUGAGUGUACAUAAGUAUGCGCAUGGUUUUCUAAUAGAAAAUAGGUAGAUAAUUGUUUAUUGCAUCUUUUAAUGUGAAAAUUCAUUCUAUACAUUUUGCUGAAUACACUGUCUUUUUCCUUGCUUUGGUUAUUGCAUCUAUGAACUUGAGGUUUUAGAUUGCUUGUCUGCUAGCUUCUAACGACCAGCGCAGCAACUCCUACAUCAGUUGGUUCCACCUCACUGAUAUUAGAGUAGUGAAGUUAUAAAAGGUACAUGUUUAAGCUUUAUAGACUUCAUCAAGCUGAUGCUGCUGCAUUUUGUAACCAAAUUAGCCGGUUUCGACUCUCGUGUAUACUACUUUUUUUUUUCUUUUUCUGUUUUUUUGGAAAUAUUGCCUGGG